GUGCGUCAUGCCGCGUGCAUGGGCUGCUACAUCACAAUGACAUUGAAAGACAUUGACCGGGCAUCUCGUUAUUGUCGCGCGUACAUAUCUAUUUCAGCGAGAAGACUUGUAGUCUUGCCCACAUCGAACUUGGAAUCCAACCAAUAUAUUGAUCUAAGAAUCAUUGCAGACUGUAAUCAGCAUCAAUGAAACCGAAGAAGUGAUUUCAAGCAAUUAUUCAUUUCUAAAAUUCACAAAUAAUCGUGAUAUCCUGAACCAGUUGUGACUAUAGCUUCCAUAUCACAUUGACCAUGGCUAUAUCACAAAGUCCAUUGUCUACCGCCAGAACCAUCCCGGUCCAUCCCGCCUUGUACCAUAUACGGCAAUUUUAUAUUGCUUUAUGUCAAAGGAAAACGCGAAACGUGACAUUUGUGGCUAGGGGAGAGCAUCAUUGUCCCUCCAGAGUGCGUGCGCGUAUAAAAAUGGUCAACCAGAUCUAAAUGAGCUAUCAUCGACUUAUCCUCGAUUUCCCUCGAUUUCUCCACUCUCACUUAUCGCUUGACUCGAGAAUCUGCUACAUCCUGUUGAUCCCAAUGAUGAUCACACCGCGAACAGGGAACCCUUCGAAGCCUUCUAGUCACCGUCGCGAUGGUGGCAACCACACCACUUCCAUAAGGCGCGAUCACAACGCCGAUACACGUCCACAGUCCGACGUUGUGGUAUCAACCCUCUACGUGUCACACCACUUGACGUUCUCGCAACUCUGCCUCCAAGGGGAUGGGGAGUCGAUCCUGUUCGAGCCGGCAUAUCCUAUCUUUGCGCCGUCUAUAAUACCAACUCAACAAAAUCUCCGCCGCUCCAUCGAGGCUGGUGGUCGAGGUUCAGUGGUGCGAGUCGUCGGUUCUCAGCUCGUCACCGUAUUGAGGGAUGAUCGAAAGACGAUUAGACGAAGCACACUUUCGGCAAUCACUCAAAAGUUUGCCGAAAAGAGGAGCGCUUGGUUGGACGAUGUGGAUAUCAAUGCUGAGGACGAAGGCGGCGAAGAUCUUGCGAAGCAAAGAGAGCACCGAGCUAAAGCCGAGAAGGUGCUUGCUCUAUUGCAACUAGAGCAGGAAGCGCUGGAAAGGGAAGAACUGGAGGAGGGAGCACAGUACGAGCGAUGUUCGCCCAUGCCGAGAGAAGAUGCUAGACUAGAUGAUGCAGAGAGCGCUCGGAGAGAGCGCGUAAAAGCUAAAAUCCGUCUCGAGCUAGACAACCUAGCAGCAGCUGAAAACUACGACGAAAGCUCCGAAGGAGAGCAGGAAGAUGGAUGGCAGUUUGAUCAAGAGUCAAUCACCUCCUCAAGAUGGGCUUGGGAUGGAAUCUCGAACCAGGGUCAUUGUUAUCGUGAGGAGAUGAGAAUCUUGGUGUCCAAGUUCAAGGAAGCAGACGCAGAGGUAUGGAGACAGAUCAUCCGUCGCCAUAAGCACAACAGCUGGUCCAGCGCUUCUUCCGACACCGUGAUUGAUGAUUCAGACCAAGGCCAGCAGCCUUUCGCUGCGCUCACAAAUAGUCAGCUAAGGGGUGGAGCAUACGAGAUCCUUCGCCUUCAGGCAAAACGCCAACACCAGUUGAAAGAGUGUAUAGGAAUGCAAAAUCAAUGGAGAUGCGCGGGCUCAUAUAUGUUUGACGCUGUGACCAACGAAAAUUGGCAGGAGAGUAGGGGAUAUACAGAGACGUGGAUUUGAUAGCGUUGUCGAUAUUGGUGGUGUCUAUGACUGUUCUUCGUAUCUUGGUGAAAUAAUGAUAGAACCUGUAUGAUAGAAUGUAACCUCGAUUCCCUGUAACCUUGCUUCUUGAUAACUCGAAAAUCUCGGAAAUGCAGUUUUCUGUUGUGAUGGAAGAGAAGAAGAGGGUUUGCCGUUGCA